AUGCAAUCUGGCCUGCGUGCCAGUCCCACGUCGUCUGUUGUGACUCGCCCGCCACAACCGCGGCUUCGCUUCACCUGCGGCUCGACUUUCUCUCUCCCCUUGUCUCGCAGCCCCCCCCCCCAAGCAAAUUCCGCGCCCGCUCUCAUCGCUGGAGCGCCCUUCAGUUCGCCCGCCCGUGGCUUGAAGCUGCCAUCCUCGCCUCGCAUCCAGCUUCCCUCACUUGCUUCGCAGGCCUGA